AAACCCUAGUUAAAGCACCAAUUUAGCAGCUGAAGGCUCCAGUUGAUUUUGAAAAGCGAGACAGAGGAGCCUAAGCCGCUCUGCAGAAAAAGAUAGUAAAGAUGUCUGUUGGUGUAAACACAGAAACCCUAGUGAGAGUUGAGGAGAUACAAGGAAGAGGAAGAGGGCUUGUAUCCACUCAGCCCUUAAGAGGUGGCCAAAUCGUCCUCAUAGAUUCUCCAAUCCUCCUCUAUUCUGCACUCCCUUUAACCAAACAGCAACACUCAACCUUCCUUUACUGUGACAAAUGCUUCAAAACUAUACAAUCAGCAUCAGUAUCUUGUCCCACCUGCUCUCACCAGCGUUUCUGUAGCCCCACUUGCCUUUCCGCUGCUCUGGCAUCUUCUCACACUCCUUGGGUCUGCCAAUCUCUUAGCCGCCUCCGCGACUGCCAAGAUUUUCUACAGCAUCAUUCUGUGGAACGACAAAUCCAAGCUCAAUUCCUCGUUGCUGCUUACAAUCUUGCAUUCGUUUCACCUUCGGAUUUUCAAAUUUUGCUGUCGCUGCAAGGCCGCGCUGAAGAUGAAGAUCCAGCUAUUGUCCAGUCUCUGCAUUCUGUAAUCUCAUCUCUUUGUCCUCCUCCACCAAUUGAGGGGUUCUCUUUUAGCUUGGAACUUAUUGCGGCUUUGGUUGCGAAAGACAGAUUUAAUGCUUUCGGAUUAAUGGAGCCUUUGAAUCUUAAUGAAGAGAAUGGUGGGCAAAGAUCGGUGAGGGCUUACGGUAUUUAUCCUAAGGCAUCUCUUUUUAAUCACGAUUGCCUUCCAAAUGCUUGUAGGUUUGAUUAUGUUGAUACGAAUAAUAGUGGGAACACUGAUAUUGUUGUUAGAAUGAUUCAUGAUGUUCCGCAAGGAAGGGAGAUUUGUUUGAGUUAUUUUCCUGUAAACAGUAAUUACUCCACUAGACGGAAAAGAUUGCUUGAGGACUAUGGAUUUACCUGUGACUGUGAUCGUUGUAAGGUCGAAGCUACUUGGUCUGAUGACGAGGGUGAUGGUGAUGGUAAUGAUAAUGAGGUGAUGGAGGAGGAUGUCGAUGAGCCAAUGGAGGCCGAAUCUGAUGGUGAAGAAAUCGGCAAUGAUAAUAGCACUGACUUUCCUCAUGCCUAUUUCUUUUUGCGAUACAUGUGUAAUCGAAAUAAUUGCUGGGGUACACUGGCUCCUUUUCCUCCUUCUGAUGCUAAGCCAUCAAAUUUAUUGGAGUGCAAUGCCUGUGGUGAUAUCAAGAAUGAUGAGGUUUGUUGAUGCUGGUGGGGGUGCGAGCCUGGCUUUACUUGAAUCAUUAACCUCUUGAACUCUCUAUCUUGCUGCUUGUCAAUUACUACUCAGGCCGUGUAAGUAGUGUUCUUCCAUUAGAAAAGUUUUGUCAAUAAAUUUAAUUAGAAGGGUUUUCUUUUAGCGUUGGUUUUUAGUUUUCUAGCAUUUCAAUGACAAGGAAUAUGUGGCUUAAGUAUUGAAAAUGAAUUCUACUGUAUGCUAAAUGAUUUGAAGAGGUUCUAUUUUAUUUUAUGGUA